UUAAGUAGUUCUAAAAUAAUGGCUAGUUUGUAUGAAGUUCUUACCGCCACUUUAUUAGUGUAUUUUCAAACAAUUGUUACCAACGCCGAAAUUAAGUAUGAACUGGAUUUCUACACCAAACAAACAAUCAUCCACAGCAAAGAACUGAUAACCAGCACAGAAAGGACUCCUUCCAUCAAGGUUCUCAGUGACGUGACUGUUCUACGUAAAGGUAUGCUCGAAAUUUCUGCAGAAACCUACGAGUUUUGGAUUGAGAAUCGAAAUCUGGAAAAAAUAGAAGUCGGUGCUUUCGAUAAUCAAAACAUAACUUAUUUAAUUAGUCUCGAAAGCAACAAACUGACUGUCAUCGCGUCUGGUACUUUUAAAAAUCUGAAAAUUAGAACACUGGAUUUGUCGUUAAACAAGAUUACCCGCGUUGAAGAAAAUGCCAUCACCGACAUGCCAAACUUGAAGGAGGUGUUUCUGUCCUACAACAAAAUUGUUAAAUUCAAUGAGAACUCUUUCGUGAAUACUCCAAAACUGUGGGUUCUUGACGUGCAAUACAACGAGUUCGCUGAAUUGAGUGAAAAAGGGUUCACUUUUAUGAAGAAAGAUAAAGCAGUCAUCUUGUCGUUUGACCACAAUAAUAUUGAAAAAAUACAUGCUGAAACCUUCGAUGGAAUAACAGUUGGGUCUCUGGAUUUAAGUCACAAUAAACUUAAUCAAGUUCCGGCAGAAAUUUUUACCGGAAGCUUGGUUGAGUUGAUGCUGAAUAACAACACGGUGGAAGAUUUACCGGAUACAUUUUUCCAACAGAAAAAAUUGAAGGAGGUGGAUGUUAGUGAUAAUCCUUUGACGUGCGGAACUGUGCAAAAAUUGAGGAAGCUCGCCGAAGAAAAUAGUAUGACAAUAAAAUAUGACAGACUGAAUUGUUAAAUGUUUAAGAUAGGGAACGAGUUUUUUUGUAGCUUGUAAUAUUAGGCCACUUUUAUCAAGAUGGUAUCCAGUCGCCUUGUUUAAAUUUUUACACCAAAUAUCAUCUACUAAUCACUAAA